GUUAAUACUUCAGUUUAUCAAUAACAUAUGAAUUAAUUGAAAAAAAUAAAUUGGUAUUUUAAAGGUGUGUCUUUUUCAGGGUAUAAUGUCACAUUUUGGAUUAUUGACUCUUAUUUUCUUUUUGUUUGGAUCGUCCCAAUGUGAUACUGUAGUAGAAACAGCGGAUGGAAAAAUAAGGGGAAUUUUACAAACAACUAGAAAUGGCGUAAAUUAUAGCUCGUUUCUUGGUGUUAGAUAUGGUCAAAAUCCGAUUAACGAGUUAAGAUUCCAGCCACCUAAAGCUGUGGAACCAUGGGACGAUAUAUUCGACGCUACCGAAGAAAAGGGUUACUGUUACCAAGUGCCAUUUGAUAGCGAUUUAGAAACUGAGGAUUGCUUGCUUCUCAAUCUAUAUACGCCAGUGGAUUUAGCAUCAAAUGCCUCUGCUGGUCUACCCGUCAUGUUCUUCAUUCACGGUGGAGGGUUUGUGGAAGGAGCUGGAAUAUUAGAAGUCGGAGUUGGUCCACAGUUCUUCAUGGAAUAUGGCGUCAUAAUGAUUGCAAUCAAUUAUAGACUUGGGCCAUUUGGAUUUUUGUCUACUGGUGAUAGUAUAAUUCCCGGUAAUGCUGGUAUGAAGGAUCAAUUGUUAGCUUUACAGUGGGUGCAGCGAAAUAUUAAAUAUUUCGGUGGCGAUCCGGAAAAGGUUACCAUUUUCGGGCAAAGCGCUGGUGCUGCCUCAGUUUCCUAUUUGUUGCUGAGUCCAUUAUCAGAAGGUCUUUUUAGGGCAGCUAUUUUGGAAAGUGGUUCCGCUUUAAGUCCCUGGGCUUAUCAAAGAGAUCAAGUUGAAAUAUCUUAUCGAACUGCAGGCAUCUUAAAUUCUGACUUCAAUACAAACAACAGGAAUUCAACUCAACUUCUGGAAUAUUUGCAAAGUGUGACUGGUAAAGAAAUCGACGGAGCCUCAAAAAAUUUGACAAAAAAGAUUGAGUUUCCUGGCAAUUUUCAAAUUUCGAAAGGGUUUUAUUACAGUCCAGUAAUCGAGGAAGAAUCUGAAACUGCUUUCUUAACGAAAUUUCAAUACGAAGCUUUUGAAAAUGGAUCUUUUUAUAGAGUUCCUGUAUUAAUCGGAUUUAAUGCAGAGGAAAGUUUGUUUAUGCUCUCCCGAACCUUUCAUCGAACUCUCAAAGAAUAUGACAACAAUACCAGAUAUGUAGUACCUUUUGAUAUGCAUAUUGGUAACUCUGAUGAAUUAUUAACUGUUGGGGAAUCUAUUAAAAAGUUUUACACUCCUGAUAAAAAUUUUGAAGACAAUAAAUUAGCUGGAGUUCAGUAUCACUCUAACCAAGAUUUUGACAAAUCUGUAAUAAAACAAGCCGAACUUCAAGCAUCUUAUGUACCCGUUUACUUCUAUGAAUUUACUUAUAGUGGUAAAAUGGGAAAUAAUCAAAAACAUCUCAAUGGUUCUGGAGCUGUAAGACAUGGCGAAGAACAAAAUUAUAUUUUUAACCGCUGGUACAGUGAGGACAUUCCUGAUAAUACCGAUUUGAGUAAAUUUUCGGAACAAGAUAUCAAUGUUCAUUACAGAUUUAUGACGUUCUUCACCAAUUUUGCUAAAUACCUAAACCCAACACCACAAGAUGAUGAAACACUGCAAUAUAUAAAAUGGCCAACGGUGGAGGCUGAAAAUUUUCAGUAUUUAGAAAUUGGUACAAAUUUGACGAUUAAAAAUGGCUUUCCAAAAAGUGAAAUGUAUUUGUUUUGGCAGGAUCUUUAUGCAGCACACGGUGUUAAACCAUAUGAUACAUACUAAAUAUAUGUAAUAAUAUAUUAAAUGUAUUUUCUUCAAAUA